CCCACCACCGUUCUUGCCUUAAAAGGAGCUCCCCGCAUUUUCCGAGGCAGCCUUUUUACUUCCAGGAACACCAGAUUGACCCUGCUUAAUCCUGCGCAUUAUCAUGGCGCCCACCGAAUCCAAGAAGCGCUUGGCGCUCGCCAUCAUCGAUUUCUUAGGAUCUAGUUUAAAGGACGGUACCUUGACUGCGGAGGACGCCGACUCUAUCGAGAUCGCACAAAACUGUAUCGCUGAGACGUUCAAGGUCGACCCAAGCGAUACUGCUGCCGUACAAGAUGCUCUAGGAGGCCAGUCGCUAGCGAGUAUCUAUAGUGUCUAUGAGAAGCUCAAGAACAAGACGGCGGCCGGCUCUGCGGCUCCCAAACAGGAAGAGGCCAAACCAGCAGCAGCACCCAAGUCUAACGCCACCCCAGAGUCCGACAAAUUGAAAUCAGAGGGAAACGCUGCCAUGGGCCGCAAGGAGUAUGACGCAGCUGUCGAUUUCUACACCCAAGCACUCGCAAUUGCCCCGUCUAACCCGAUCUACCUCUCUAACCGUGCAGCCGCCUACUCGGCCUCGGGCCAACAUGCUAAAGCCGCCACUGAUGCCGAACUCGCUGUGAAUGUGGAUGCGCAGUAUGCUAGAGCUUGGAGUCGGCUGGGACUCGCACGCUACGAGCUGGGUGAUGCCAAGGGUGCCGUUGAGGCCUACGAAAAGGGUAUUGAAGCUGAAGGCAACGGCGGGAGCGAUGCUAUGAAGAGGGGACUGGAGACCUCACGUCGCAAGGUCGAAGAAAUGAAGCGUGCGGAGUCUGCGCCUCCCGCCGAAGAAGUGGACACCGCCUCUGGAGCUUCUCGAGGGGCUCCAGGCGGAAUGCCAGACCUUUCUUCCCUUGCUGGCAUGUUCGGUGGCGGCGGUGCCGGUGGUGGUAUGCCAGAUUUAGGGUCACUCAUGAGCAACCCCAUGUUUGCGAGCAUGGCCCAAAAUCUGAUGAGCAACCCUGAGAUGCUUAACAGCGUUAUGAGCAAUCCUCGUCUCCGUGAGAUGGCUGAGAACUUCGGUGGUGGAGGUGGUGGAGGCGGUAUGCCCGACAUGUCGUCCUUGAUGAGCGAUCCAUCGAUUGCCGAAAUGGCGAGAAAUAUGAUGGGUGGAGGCGGCGGAGCUGGCGGAGCUGGCGGAGCCGGUCGAGGAGCUGGAGGACAGUAAUCAACCCGUGAAGUUGACCUGUACGAUCUAUGACUAUAAUUAUCACUAUCCAGACAGAACCCUCGCUUGAAUCUAUUCAUAGCCGAUAGAUUAUGACAGUUAUCUUUUGGAGCAUUAUUAUUCUUUGACAAUAUCAACAUGGCCGUGGUGUUAGCAGAUCAACAUCAACCACUGAGGAAACUGUUUGGGUACGACAGCC